AUGAGGCGAUUUGCCUCGCGAUACGCUCGGUUCGGUGACAAGCCUGGAAGUGGCCGGCAGCAGCAGCAAUGGAGCACUUUCGGCCCUGUCUACCGUGCUCAGUACAUCUGGCGGAAUUACCAAAGACCAUUGAUUGUGGUCGGUGCCGGCGGUGGUGUGUUCUACGUCUAUAACCUCGAGGAAGUCCCUGUCACCCAGCGUCGACGGUUCAACGUGGUCUCCCCAUCGUCCGAAGAAAAGAUCGUCACCGACUCGGGAGCCUACGAGUCUCUUCUGCAAGAGUUUCGCGGCAAAGUCCUUCCAGCCGAGCAUCCCUUGACGAUGCAAGUUGCCCGUGUCGUCGAGAAGCUGCUUCCUACGACUCGUGGUCUUGCAGGCGAUAAUUGGCGAGUUCAUGUCAUCGACGACCCUCAACAGAAGAAUGCAUUUGUCUUGCCCGGCGGAAAGGUCUUUGUGUUCUCAGGCAUUCUCCCCAUCUGCCAGGACGAAAACGGUCUGGCUGCUGUUCUGGGUCAUGAGAUCGCGCAUAACGUGGCCCACCACGCUGCCGAGAGGAUUUCCAGGUCCAGCUUCAUUAUGCUAGGUGCCUUUGCCGUUUCCUUCAUCUUCGACGUCAGCGGUCAGUUUGGAAACAGCAUAGCCACGUUAAUCCUGUCCCUUCCGAAUUCACGAACGCAGGAAGCCGAAGCCGACCAUAUAGGUCUCCUCAUGAUGGCAGAAGCCUGCUACGACCCCGAAGCAGCCUUGGACUUCUGGGCUCGCAUGAAAAAGGCAGAACAGUUCGAGCCUCCUCAAUUCAUGUCCACUCACCCGAGCCAUUACAACCGCGCCGCGCAGAUCAAGAAAUGGCUCCCCGACGCGCAACGAAUAUAUGCUGACACGGGCUGUGGAUCUGUUAGCCGCUAUGCGACCGACUUCAAGGAGGCCGUGACUUUGGGGCGGUCGGGACGACAAGGACAACAGAGGCCCCAGCGACCGGUUGCAGUUAGACGCAAUGGCGACGAUGAGGACGACGAUUUCUUCUAA